AGUCAUCAGCAGUACACGUUGUUUAAACCUCGAUCCCGCCUGUAACACACAUUGAACUUGAGUGCUACACUUACGUAUGUUCGCACGUACGUACGUACGGGGAUGAUGUUUCGUCGGGUCGAGAGAAUGGCGGCGUGCGUGAGUGACAUGAAGGCAAAGAAAAUGUCUGUGAAAUCACUGAUUACAUUGGUGUUGAUUGGCUUAAUGAGUAUUAUAGAUGUAGUUGUAACAGAAUCAGUGACUCGGCCACGCGGUGUGUCCUUAACAAAUGAGCCAUUCUACCGAGAUUCACAAUGGUUUACUUGCCUAGAUGGAUCAAGACAAAUCUUUAAAAGUCAAGUCAACGAUGAUUAUUGUGAUUGCAUGGAUUCCUCAGAUGAACCAGGAACCUCAGCUUGCCCACAGGGUAAAUUCCAUUGCAACAACAGAGGAUUCAAACCCAAGUACAUUCCUUCAUCAAGAGUAAAUGAUGGUAUUUGUGACUGCUGUGAUGCCUCAGAUGAAUACAAAGGACCAGGAGCUACUCAAUGCAGCAAUAAUUGCAGGGAAUUGGGUAGAGCUGAUCUUGAGCGUCGUCAGCAGGAAAUCAUCUUGAUGAACCAGGGCUUUGAUGUCCGACAGGAAUACAUCAAACAGGGCAUUGAGAAGAAAGCCGAGAGAGAGGAAUCACUUAAAAAACUCAGAGAGGAGAAGGAAGUUGCUGAUCAGCUUAAAGAUGAAAAAGAGAGGUUAAAGCAAGAGGCAGAAAGCCCUGAGAAAGAGGCUAAGGAUGCACACAAGGCAGUAUGGGAUGCACAGCAAGCCGUCCUGAGAGAAGAAAGGGACAAACAACGAGCUAAUGAGGCAUUUGAUGAGCUAGAUGCAGACAGAAAUGGGCUGAUUACUCCAGACGAACUGGCUGACCACAAAGAAUUUGAUUCGGAUGGCGAUGGGGAGGUGUCAGAAGAAGAAGCAAAGGUUGUGUUGGGUGGUGUUGAUCAAGUAAUCAAACCCACAUUCACUGCGUCAGUAUGGGCUGUCAUUAAGGACAAGUAUAAGUCUGAGAAAGACCAGGUGACCCCAGAGGAGCCAUCCCCUGUCCCCUCACCUCCAGAAGAUGUCAAUGAGGGUGAUGCAUCAGAGGAGGAUCUAGACAUGGGUGACCAUGGCGACAUGAAUGAUGAAGACGAAGAGGACUUUGCUGAUGAGGAUGAUGAGGAUGAAGAAUUUGACGAUGACCUGGAUGAGGGAGAAUUGAUGGAGAAAUAUGCCAAGCAUCGGGCGGAUUAUGAGAAGAAGAAAGAAGUGAAGGGAAAAGGGGAGGAUGGAGAAGAAAUGCCAGAAUAUGAUGAAGCCACAAAGAAACUUAUAGAAGUUGCGGAUGCAGCCAGAGAGGAAUUCAAGGAGGCUGAGAAGCAAGUCAACGACCUCAAGAAAUCAAUUGAAGAUAUAGAAAAACUGAUGAACGUGGACCUGGGCCCACAGCAAGAGUUUGAACCAUUACAGAAACAAUGUUAUGAGUACACAGAUAGAGAGUAUACUUAUAAAUUAUGUCCAUUUGACAAAACAUCACAGCGGCCUAAAGCUGGGGGCUCAGAAACCCAGCUAGGGAACUGGGGCCAGUGGGAAGGGCCUGAUGAGAAUAAAUACAGCAAGAUGAAGUAUACUAGGGGCAGGAAUUGCUGGAAUGGCCCUGAUAGGUCCACACUGGUCAUUCUACGUUGCGGCUUGGAAAAUAAGCUUGUGUCAGCCAGUGAACCUGAACGUUGCACUUAUGAAUUUCAGUUUGAAACUCCAUCACUAUGCACAACAAAAACAGACGUGGAGACAGGAGAAAUAGAUAGCCAUGAUGAGCUAUAACCAUGGGUAUUGUCAAUCGGGGUGGGGGUCUGGGUGUAAAGAAAUUGUUAGAUGUCCUUAGACUUGUUGAAAUUGAUAUCCCGUGCCUGUGUUUGGAAUCAUUUUAGGGGUUAUUUUAUGAGCUUUUGGUGAUUGGUUGGCCCACUUGAUUAGCCUCUUUGAUAAUGGAAGAAACAAGGACUGGAUAUUGAGGCUUAUUUGCGAACGAAAAAGUUGGCAAUGGGAGAUUUACAGGCUGAGGAAUGUACCCAAGGUUAAAUGAGCUAUAUUCACCAGUUGGAAUGGGGUGUCGUUUAAGGUUUGUCAAGUGAGUUGCUGGGAUUUGCGAAGCAAAACUGUAAUUCUGAACCUUCACAUUGCAUUCAAUGGUUAUUUUCUCUGUAUUUUUAACCAGUUCGCGCUGGGAUUAUUUUGACAUUGACCGGACCCAGGCACAGGAUUGUUUUUCACAAACCUCGGUGCCAGAUGGGCUCAGGUCAUCAUCUGGGGGUAGCACACCCUGAUAUUUCUGGCCUCGCUCGCUGUGAGCAGGUCGCAGACAUAUAUUUCUGGCCUCGCUCGUUGUGUGUUUAUCCGUCAUCCGUUCCGAAUACCGCAAAACUUGUGUGUGUAUACAUGUCAUCCAACGUGAACUGGUUAAUACCCUGUAUCCCAUGUGUAAACAACCAUGACCCAAGAACUUGCAGCUUGCUAAGCUACGAGUCCGAAUUCUGGUAAGAUUGAUGACCUGUCUUGAAUGGCAUGGUGCCUGGGAAUAGCCGUCCAGUUGCUGAAGAUUUUCUUGGCAUUGGUAGACUUCUGUAAAGUUGGGAUGCACUCCUACAUGGGUAGUUUCUACAAGAGUGAUUAUAAAUAGCAAAGUAAUACCCAACAAAUUUACACUAGUUUGAAGUCAUUCUUAGUGAUAUUUGAAUGGCAAAGUGCCAA